GCGCGGCCGCGGCGCGCCAUUCGCCAGCCAGACAUGACGCCGAGCGGAGGUGCGAAGCGCUGGGCGCUGUGCUUCAUCGUGGUGCUCCUGCUGUGCGCAGGGGACGCCCGCAAGAGCAAAGGCUCGGGCAGCAAGAGUCGCCGCCCCACCAGCCACAACACCAACACCCAGACGCAGUCCAGCAGGGACUUCCUGAACAGGGAGAAGGAGAAGUCCGCCCCUCCGCCGCCGAGCCACGGCGUGCACCAGCCUGCCCACAACCCGGCCUACGUGCCGCCGGCCCAGGGCGCGCCGGGGCAGGGCGCCGCCAGCCGCCCCAUAGGGUUCGUGCCGCCCCCCGGCUCGGGCCACCCCCAGCCGGGGCACGCGCCCUACCCCAUGCCCCAGCCGGCCGGCGGCGGUGGACACGCCUCCUACCCGGUGGGCGGCGGCGGACACGCUCCCUACCCGGGGCAGCAGCAGCCCCACCAGGUGCCCGGGGGGUUCGGCCAGGUCCCGCACCAGAGUCCUGGAGGGUUCGGCCAGCCGCCCCUCCAGAGUCCUGGAGGAUUCGCCCAGGCGCCUCACCAGACUCCCGGAGGAUUCGGCCAGGCGCCUCAUCAGACUCCCGGAGGAUUCGCCCAGGCGCCAGCCGGUGGGUACGGGCAGGUCCCGCACCAGAACCCCGGCGGGUACGCGCAACCUCCCCAAGGUGGUUACCAAGGAGGGUACCAGCCUCCUCCGCCGGGCUACGGCCAGCUCCCGCCCCAGGGAUACGCCCCGCAGCAGAGGGGCGGCGGCGGCAUCCUGACCCACGCGCUGGCGGGAGGCGCCGGUCUUGCCGUGGGCGGCCUGGUCGGCUCGGCUCUCUCCGGGGGCGGCCACCACACCCCUGACGUGCACCGGGAGGUCAUCAUCAUCGACAGGGACAGCGGCAAGGGCGACGCGACGACGGCGGCGGCGGCUGCGGCUGCUGCGACGACCGCACCGGCCCCGGCGGUGAGCAACCCCGAGGGGCAGAACGGCACGGUGCCUCAGCAGGGCUACUACGGCCCGCAAGGGCAGUACUACCCGCAGGGCGGCGGCUACUACGGCCCGCAGGGCCAGUACUACCCCCCGCAGGGCCAGUACUACCCCCAGCAGGGCUACCCUCAGCAAGGCUACCCGCAACAGGGCUACCCUCAGCAGGGAUACCCGCAGCAGCAGGGCUACUACCCGCCUGGCCAGCAGCCCCAGGGCGUAUUGCCGCAGGGACAGCCGGGGGCAGACCCGGCGGCGGUGGCGCCCAAUGGCUCGGUGGCGCUGAGCCCGUCUCCUGAAGCUUCCACCGCGUCCCCGGACAACUCCUCAACCACCACGACCACCACCACGCCUGCCACCACCACGCAGUCGUCCGCUGGAUCUGCUGGGGCGCAGACGUCUGGUGGCAGCUGACUAGAGGCCCCGCCGGCGCUCGGCUGGGCCGCGCUGGUGAUCGGCUGGCUGUGCACGAGGCUGGCCGUGUCAUCCGCACGCCCCUGAGGCGUCGGGGAGCCUCGCUGCACGCUUCAGCGAUGCCGCUGCCUUGCAUGCGCAGCGUCCGUGCUUAUCCUCUUGUAGUUAGUGGAUGUCAAUUAUGUGGUAACAGUCGGCUCUUCUGCCACUCCCCCCACUGUUUCUCUGUGCACACGGGACUUCAGUUACCGAUUCUGAAGAAGUGACUACGUGAAAUGAUGCCAGAUGCCAAGGACUUGAGUUUCAGGUCACGUGGACUAUAAUUGCAGUGAUUUCACGAGUGAUGAACAUUUCAUCAAGCAAUGUCGGGUGUUCACCCGAGUUAUUGAGGAAACUUUAUCGUUGAUGCAUUUUUUUGUUUGUUUGUGACUACACGCAAGUCAUUAAAUGUUUUACGUGUAGCAGGUGGAGGUUUUUUUUUUUAAAUUUAAAUUCUGUAAAAUAAUUAAAAAAAGAAAUGCUGUACAUUCACAAAAUGACUGUGCCUUGAGUUUCAGUGUCCACUUUAUUUAAAAAGUGAGAGUUAGUCAAAGGUGAAUUGUAAAAUAUUUUGCUGAGGAUUCAUCUCAAAAAUACUGGUAUGAAGUGUUUUAUUAGCAGUUCUUGUUCGUUUAGUAAGAAAUAAACUUUGAAGGCCAAAAUAAAUUUGUUCUAUAUGUGCAGGACCUUUUCAGUUUUUUUGCUAUGAACAUAAGUGAACUAUUUACUUGUUCAAGUAUCAUUAAGUGUGGUUUUUUUUUUAAACUAAUACUUCCAUAAUUGUUUUUGUGAAAUUUGUAUGGUUAAUUUUAGGUACGGUUAAGGUCGCCUAGAUUAAAUUUGGUUUAUAUAGUUUUAAAUUUUAUUGGUUGCAGGUAUUGAAUUAUGAAUGUUUUAAAUUUUAUUGGUUGCAGGUAUUGAAUUAUGAAUGUUAUGUUGUUUAUGACCAACAAUCUUGUAAAUGUAGUAUUCAUAUUUGGUUUGUACAUUUGUAUGGUGUUUUUUCUUCUACAGAUAAUUUCAUAAAAAUUUUUCUAUAUUGUAGCAUAUGAUAACUAUCAUGUUAUCACUAAUUUGUUUUCAGUUCCUAAACUUUUUAACUCAUGUACAGCUCUUUACUAACUCUAGUUUUUAAAUAAAUUGUGUAAAGUUUUAUUCCUUUAAAAUGUCUGGUGAAGGGUUUCUUUUCCAUUUUUUUAACAUAACAAUUUACUGGUGAUGUUUGUAAAGGGAAUUGCUUGGCAGAUGUAAAUUUAUAUCAUGUAUACACUUUUUCAAAUAGGUAAUCAGGUUAUGGUUUAAUUUAAUGUCACCUAAACAAUACGUGUUUACAUCUCAUUUACACAAUAAUGUAUUCAUAUUUUUCAUCAAUUAUUCAAUUUUGAUGUUACCAUAUUUGAAAUUGUGAACAUUGUAAUAGUAUUAAAUACAUUUUUAAGCCACAAUAAAUAAUUUUUAACACCA